GUCGCCAUCGGUUGUUCAUUGUGUCGCACCCAGAGCGUGGGUCAAGUGGUUCGUGAAGUUCCAGGCUCGAUCGUGUCUUCCCGGAGCACACAAAGCGUAGUCGACGAAAACACUCGUGGAAUCAGCUGUUCACUGCAGGUGCUGACGUCCGAACAUGAACGAAAGCGAGCGAGACAAAAGGCUGCACAGCUCAGGAGUGAACCAUCUCCCUCUGCCUCGAGGCAGAUAUAAAGUAGGUUGCGUGGAUGUUCUAAAUGGAGGAACACGUGAUAGAGGAUGCCUGUUUCGAAUUUUCUACCCUUGCGAGGAGAAUGUCGACAUACCUACAGAAAGCUCGAGGAGGGCGACUUGGCUCCCGAAACCCGAGCGGAAAUACGCGGACGGUUACGCUCGAGUUCAGGGCCACGUCGCCUACUGUGCGCACAAGCUUUGUGGCUCCCAGACGUCUUCGCUCUACAUUCCCGCGACCAUGAACGCGAGGCCUGCCAGAGAGAAUCGUAACGCAUUUCCUGUGAUACUUUUCUCGCACGACAUAGGCGAAUGUCGGACUACAAAUUCAAGUCUCUGCGUAGAGCUGGCUUCCCACGGUUGCGUGGUUGCAGCCAUCGAACACAGGGACAACACAGCUUGCAGAACGUUUUACGUCGAGCAAGUAGAGGCGACACCGGGCUCUAAGGAUCAGCUCGACGGUUUGAAUGGUGUCGCGGAGGAUCGAGAAGAGACCUCGGAAUCCCUGCAAACAGAAGACGAAAUACCGAUGUGCGAGUCUGCGUUAGAGGAGGAUCAAGACAAAGACAGUGCCGAUGGAGACAGCGUUCUCGCAGACGACGUCGGUGGCGAUAAGACCGAUUCUGUCCCGAGACCCGCCAUCAUCCGCACGGUAUGGGUCAACUAUCGGCCCAUAGCGAAGACGCCUGACCUGUACAAUCUUCGCGUUCGUCAACUGCAUCGGAGAGUAGGAGAAUGCAUUCGCACCCUGAACUGCCUUGAAGUGAUCAACGCACGCGGAACCUGCGAUAAUAGAUUACCCGAGAGAUACCCGUUCGAUUUAUCAGGUACAAUGAACAUGGAACGCGUGACCGUGAUCGGUCGCGGGUUCGGAGGUUCGACCGCUUACAUGACCUUGCAAAUCGAGGAUCGCACCAUUUGUGGGGCGUCGAUCGAUCCUCUCAUGUUUGUCAUAAAGGCCGAUCGCCCCAUAAAUGUGUGUCGACCUUUUUUGCUGGUGCUCAAUAGUCGCCACACCGCACGAGAAGACGUUCAAAUAAUGCGCACCAUGUUCCGACAAAGCUACAAAACCUAUACGAGUGUUUACACAUUGCUCGGGAGCGAUACCGAUGCCCAGAGCGACUUGCCUUUCAUCAAAGCGUCGUCCGUAUGGAGUUCGCUGAGCUUCUCGUGGCCAAUGGUGGCCCCAAGCCCGUUCACGAGCCUCGACCUCGGGAGCAGCUUGGUUCUGAAGUUCAUUUCGGAGAAAUGCAACUUCAACAACCACAACCGCGACUUCUACGAAGACUACGUCCAACGAAAAUCGAAUUUGAUCGAGAAAGGCGUCAGAAUGCCCAACAGAUGGACUUCGCGCUAUUCGAAUGCUCGCUAACUGUUUAUCGCAAUCGACCACAGAGACAGCUCAUUCACAUGAGCUAGGCCACCGAAGAAUAUUUUUCUAGCACCACCACGACUCGAGAGAGACAUUCCCGUCCCGGUAGACGAAUGAAGCAGCGUUGUAAAUUUCCUACAAAUAAAAGCGA